UCGAGAGAGGUUAGAAAAUAUUGCCGGCGAUCGCAUGGUAUACACGUUUCAGGUACAUGAAAUUUUUUAACUUAUAAUUAUAUUGGGAUAUUGUAACAAUUAAAUAAAAGCAUGGCUUUGCCAAUUUGGGCAAAGGUAGGGAUUGGAUGGUCCGUAGCUACUGCCGCAGGAAUUUACGCAUUUGUGCUGUCCAAAAAAAGUGUCAAUGCAAACAGAUAUGAGAUUAUGAAAGCCAGAAAACGUUUACGUGAUACCAAUAUUGUAGAUUAAUUUACUCCUAAGGAAUAAAAAGUUUUCAAGGGAAGAAAACAUAAAAAAUAUAAAAUUAGAAAAAAUGGCAGCCUUACCACAUCUGGACGAAGAUAAAAUGAAGUUGGUACAGGAAUUGGAAAUAGAAAUGAUGUCAGAUAUGUACAAUCGUAUGACAUCUGCAUGCCAUAGAAAGUGUAUAGCACCAAAGUACAUGGAGGCUGAGCUGGGCAAAGGAGAAUCGAUAUGUUUAGAUCGUUGUAUCGCUAAAUAUUUAGACGUUCACGAACGUAUUGGUAAAAAGCUCACACAAAUUUCAAUGCAAGAAAAUGCAAAAUUAACAGAACAACCAAAAACAAGUUAGUUGCAUUUUGAUAAGAUUUCAAACUUAUAAUGUUUUAUAAAUUAAUUUUCCCUUAGUUAUUACAGUUUACAAACUGUAAUCUAAAUUGAUAAAAAUUGUAGUACUAUUCUGUAUUCAAGUUUAUGAAUAAACUGAUCUUUGUCUUGUUAUAAAUCU